UGACAUUCCAAUAACACGUGAUAGGGUUCAAAGCCGUAUCGAUUUUGUUCCUGGUCACAAGCUAUACCAAGAAAUCUUCAUCACUGAAGAAAAUCUUGAUUCUCAAAGCUAUUGGACGUGCUCAAUGGGAAAAUCGGGACCAGUCCAUCACGUGUCUUCCGCAGAGACCGCUUCUGCUUCAUCGCUCGUCUGAAUCGCGUGUUCCGUUUGGCUUCUUUGUGGUUUCACCUGACACUCUUUUAUCAAUUUAAGCUUCCACAAUGCUUGAAUUCCCAGUAACCAGGUCUUCCAGACCCAAUCGCCCUCCUAAGCUGCGAAUCUCUCUUGUCAAACAUUGGAGAGUUUCCCGGUUUUGACUCCUCCGAAAAAACACAAUUGGACUCUCUCAGAUCUGUGAGAAACUAUGUUGUGCGAGAUAAGAUGCGAGGAACUCGGGCACUGUCCAAAAGUAAGCAUUGGCAAGACAUGACACAAUAGAGUUCACCGUUCUGAGGUUCCCAUCACUACCCAACACCAUGCGUCUGAGAACAUCCACUUCCGAAACCAUGUGGCACUCAGCGACACACAAAACCGCCUUGUUUUCCUCCACAUUGUUAAAAGUCGAUAAUCGAUACCGAUAGAUUUAUGGCCGAGCAUCUUCCUCCCUGAUUCUACUGUCUCUUCUCGGCAGGACCGUCGGAUAACAACAAAUCGACAUCAGAUCGACAUCGAUAUCAAGAUCGAGCUUGGCAUCGGGAUCGACGUCGAGCUUGCACGGUCUUGCUGAACGUUAUUUAGAUGUCCAGCUCUUUGGGAGCCCCACCACCGCCUGGUGUUAUUUCCAAUCUAGAAAAUCCGACCGAUGUUCUCAGAACGAUAUCGCUGUUGACGAAUGGGCUGGUUUUGAGGUGUUCUACUCUGGUGACCCUUGGUCGCUUUUAUGUUCGCUUCUGGAUUACUGGAGCAGUGUUCAUAGAGGACUGGUUUUGUUUCGCAUCGUGGAUCUUGACCGCUGGGAACUGUAUCAUUGGUCUUCUAAGCAACAUUUUAGGGGGAGGUGGGCUCCAUGCGUGGGACAUCUCUGCGGCUUCUAUGGUCGGGUAUCAAAAGUUUCAAUAUGCCGCAACGAUCAUCUAUGGACCAUGUGUAUGGAGCAUCAAAGUCACCCUGCUCUUGAUCCUUGUUAGGGUCUUCACGCCAUUCCGCAGGAUCAUCACUGCGGUCUGGUCGUUCAUCUUCGUGAUGCUGUUGUACUACAUAAUAGUCACAAUCGUGAAGAUAAACGUUUGCAAUCCAAUCAGGGCAGCUUGGGAUCCGACUGUGCCCGGAAAAUGUCUCAACGACUACCUGCUAUUCUCCAUCGACACUUCUCUGAGUAUUUUAACAGAUCUCAUCGUUUUGCUUCUCCCGAUCCCACUUGUCUGGUCUUUAAAAGUCACAGCCAAGAAGAAACUACGCACCAUCGCCCUCCUCGGCACCGGCGGCGUCGCAACAGCAUGCAGUAUCGCCCGCCUGGUCCUCGUCCUCAGACUCGACAACUCCCCCCACCAACUCGGCGACCAAACAGUCUCACUCCAACGAAUCAACCUACUCGUCACGGCCGAAAUCGGCAUCGGCAUAAUCUGCGCCUGCCUCCCCGCCUUCAGCAUAUUCUUCUUCACCCCAGGGGGCGACCGCAGCCGCCGCGGUGGCGGGCGGCACCAUCCACGGUACAUCGACAAAUCGAUGAAACUGAGCAACCUGAGCGGAUUCACCGGGGGAAGCAAAUCGAAAGGAACGAGUGGGACAGGGGAGAGUAGGGCGAGGGAGAGCUAUGUGGAGAUCGGGACGCCGCAGGAUCUGGGGGAUUUGAUUAGCCCGCCGCCGGAGGCGAUGAGGAGGGGGAGUUGGCCGCUCAGGACGAGUGGGAGGGUGGAGAGUUAUUUUGAGAUAAGAGCUUUGGGGGAGGUGUGAGUGUAAUUAGUAUGGUAAUGGUAACGUUUAAAAUUGUGUUUGGAGACUUUUUCAUGUCGGGUCUAAAGGGUGGUUGGUGUGGAAGUUCUUUUGUUGACGAUUAGCGACUUGGGCGAGCCGAGGUGUGCUGUUACUAAUUGAUCACUGGCUAGGCACGAAGCAUUGAACCGCUGACGAGAUUUUGCGUGGCGACAUGAAACAGUUGGAUUCUAAUCGUAUCCGUGUGGAUAAGUUCAUUAAUAUUUUGUUGCGGCCAGGUGCACUUGGUAUUUUGAAGCGCUCACUUGCUGGUGAGGGGAAAGAGCUUGGUUG